GGGCUGCUGAAGCAGAGUCUGAACCAAGCUCAGUCCACAUUUUGCAGAGUGCUGUCAACUGUGUUUCCCCGACUGUGACUGAAAAAAACGCUUUUAUCCUUCUCCAUCUCCCGAGAAGAGAGACAGAGACCCAGGGGAGUACACGGAGCGGACCGGGGCACAUGGAAACGCUAUGCGGCCGGAAAGACGGCGUCGGACUUUACCGUAGUUUCACUCGAGAAAAGAGGCAAAGUGAGGCGAGAUAAACAUGCUCACUUCGAUGCUGGCCUUAUUGCUGCCUCUGCUCCUUUGUCGGAUUUCUUUCUGCCAAUACUCAAGUGACCAAUGCAGCUGGAAGGGCAGCGGUCUGACCCAUGAAGGCCACACCAGGGAUGUGGAGCAGGUAUAUCUGCGUUGCUCGCAGGGAUCUCUGGAGUGGCUCUAUCCCACAGGAGCCAUCAUCGUCAACCUCCGACCCAACAUGGUGUCUCCUGCUGCUGCUCGCCUCUCUGUCUGCAUCAAGCCCUCCACUGAGUCCAGCGGCACAAACAUCUAUCUGGACCGCAACGGCAAGCUGCGGUUACUGCUGCGUGAGCAGGACCAGGCUCAGGGGAAGGUCCACUGCUUCAGCAUUCAAGAGGGGGCACUCUUUAUUGAGGCCGUUCCGCAUAUGGACAUCAGCCGGCGGAUUACGGCAUUCCAAUACGAACUAGUCAGCGACAGGCUGAGAGUAGAGGCACAAUCACUCAGUGCACCCUGUCAGCCCUGCAGUAAUACUGAGAUGCUUUUAGCCGUGUGCACAAGUGACUUCGUUGCACGGGGCAGCAUUAAAAAGGUGGACCAGGAGGUGGACCACUCAUCUGUCACUGUGGAGAUAAGUCGCCUCUACAGACAGAAAACCCAGGUCUUUGUAUCUGGGGGUGUGAGGGUACGGAGCUGGACAGGCCACAUCAACAUGCCCCUUCAGUGUGGGGUGAGGUCUGGAGAGGGAGAGUUUCUGUUUACCGGGACUGUGAGGUUUGGGGAGGCCUGGAUGGGCUGCGCCCCUCGCUAUAAAGACUUCCUGCGGGUGUAUCAUGAGGCACAACUUCAGGGGAACCACCCCUGCCAAGUGGACACUGACUGAGGUUUACCUGUCUUUGUUUGAAAACAGCAAACCCUCAAUGACUUAUGAAGAGAGCUGGACGGAGAGUUUGUGCUGAGGCGAAAGACUGACAGACUGACCCAGUUUCAGAGCCUCUCUCCUCUUCUGGUGUCCCGUGAAUCUUUUCGGAGACAAUAGCAGGAGCUCCUGAAUGUUGCUAAGCAGCAUCCCAGCACUGCUCUGUUUUCAAAGUUGAUGCAAAGUGGAGUGUGUUCAGAAUGACUUCUUGCAGGCGAAGAACUGCAAAGGUUUAAAUGUAGCAGAACUUAAUCUGGUUUUUAUGUGUAUAAAAUGUGAAUGAAUAUUGUACAUUUUGGAGCUCUUUGUGCUUUGUAAAAAAAAUUGAUGUACAGAUCUGAAUUUGUUUCGUAAGGCAAAUGUAAAGUGAAAGCUUCUUAUUUUGUUUAAAAAAAUAUUUGCAAUUAAUGCCUGAAUUUCAGUUUUUUCAGGCUGUACAAUUGUAAAAAAAAAAAAAAACCAAACAAACAAAAAAAGUGUUUUAAUUUUCAAUAAAAGCUUUUAUUCCCUUGUA